AGAGCCCACUCCUCUUGCCUAUAAUUGUGCUUAGCUCAUCCAACGGGUCGAUCCACUCUACAGUUUCUUGUAGUUUUAUACCAAGAACAAAAAUACAGAAGGAAAAACUUUCCUUUGCUUCUCCAACAGUUGGCAACGCACAACGGCACACUGAAGAGCCAGGUUUAAGGAACAUCGGGGAGUGAAGAAAGAUGCCGGCACAUUACAGGCUUCCAUCUACUGUUUAUUUCAUUGUGAAUACGUUUGCUCUAGCACUGGGGUCGUGGGGUCUUUCGUUCAUAACUUCGAGUCCCUUACCUGAACAACUGGCGGAGGGUGGUCCAUGGCAGUUCCUCACGAACCUGUCACUCGCAUUGUCGUUGAUUGCAAUCAUCUCCAACUACGUUGUGAUUCUGUUCAAGCCAACCGCUCUGACGCUGAAGCUAAACGCCACGCUAAACGCAAGCUCGCUGGUAUUGGAAACGCUUGUUGCACUGAUCUAUUGGACGCUGAAGAUCUUCUUCAUGGCGCUUAUCGUGCCAGAGAACGUCACCAAGGACAAAUUCAUCCCUAUACAGGUUGAUCUCACCAUCCAUCUGUUCCCAGUCUUCUACCUGUCAACUGACUACUGCUUCAACAGAACCGACGCCUUUAGACUGCCGCUCCUGUUUGUCAUAUCCAUGGUUGGCACGCUCACAGGAGCUUACUGGCUCAUCCUGGAGGCGCUCGUAAAGCCACCGGCUCAUUACCCAUAUCCGUUCCUCAACGUUGAAGAGAGCGAAAGAAUGAAGAUCUUUGUAGCCGUUGGUCUCCUCGCGUUGGCGUUCUACCAUAUCUACGAAUACAUCCACGCCGUCGUGGAGAGAGUCUUAUAUAGCACGGAUAAGGCUAAAAGUGACUAGAACGCUUAUCCGAAUCGCUAAUAAAACGAAUAGACAACAACAAUUACG